CUCCAUCGAUAAACCACACUUGACAAAAUUCUCAACCUCCACCCUCCCAGCCUACGACGACAGCGAACGGCCAAUUGCAUGAGACUGCUAUACUAGAACACCGUUUCUUUCGAUUCAUUACACCCGUCCUAUUACUGUCAACCACCAUGCCCCCCGAGGGAACGACCCCGGCUCAAGGCGCCGGUAGGGCUCGCGGCCGAGGAACAAGAGGCAGAGGUGCGGGAAGAGGAACAUCUGCCAGUGUCACACCAAGCGCCGAGGCGCCCGCGCCGAUUUCUAGACCGCCUUCGGCACUGGGCACUGCUACGGGGCCUGCGGGGCUUGUCAGAGACUCUGCAACUCCCCGGCCAGCGCCGACGAGGGGCACCUCCGUUGGCAGGUUCCGCCCCAAGGUCGUGCGCAGAGACGAGGCUGCGAGAGACGCCAUCGCUCGACAAGAGUUGGAAAAAGAUAAUGCGAGGGCAAAGGCUGAGGCUCGAGCGCAAGCUCGGUCUCGAGGUCGCAGCCGGAGAGCUCGUGGAGAUGCCAUGGGCAGGGGUGGAUUCAUGUCACGAACUGCUGUUGCCAGCGGCCCCUUCUCGCAAAUAAACAUUGAGGGUGGCGGAAGAUCAGGCGGAGGCUGGGGAGGAGGUGGUGGUGGCGGCGGCGGCGGCGGCGGCUUUUUCGGUGGUGGCGGAGGAGGGGGCAGAGCCAAGAGAGAAGGUGGUGGGUUUGGAGAGGCAUCCGGUCAUCGCGAAGCCCGAAUCAAUGCCGACAGGCUCGCCGGAUACGCGGUUGACCGCGAGCCAGACUCAGACGACGAAGCGACAGCAGCCCUCAUCAGCUCGAAGCCCGAUAAUAUCUGGCCCAUGGGCAUUGCGCGAAUCGACAAGAAAGAAGAGAAGAAGGUCAUUGCCACCUCGGCCGAGCUCGAGGCGGAAGAACAAGGCAAGGCAGAAGAAAGUCUAUGGGUUGACGGAAACGAGUCUUUGAUGGGCGUUGCUCCUCGGGUGGAGGAAGAGACCAAGGUUUGGCAUGCGGCACCCAAAGGCAUGGUCCAGGUCAAGGCAGAACCCGGAGCCGAACCAGGCGCCAUGGACAUAGCGCCAGUCGACUUUGACGCCAGGGUGAAAUCCUCGACCCCCGAAGCCGAGGAGAAGAUCACGCCUGAGCCGAAGACGAAGAAGCCAGCGGCCGACCCCGAGGUGGAAAUGAUCACGCACGACAUGCAACUUCUGUUGGGCGAACUAGGCACGGUUCCGGACGAGAACUCCAAGGCACCCGAGACCGAGCCGGUGCAGGACAAGGACGGCCGAUUGUACCUCUUCCAGUUCCCACCCCUACUCCCGCCCCUGCAUCCUGCGACUGCGCCCAAGGUCAAGCCGGAGCCGGACGACAUUGUCAUGCUGGAUCAGCCUGGCGAGCCUGUUGACCUCACCAGGUCGGAAGAGAAUAUCAAGGCCAAGAUCGAGGAGGACAAAGACAUUGACUUGACCGACAUCAAUCAACUUGUUUCCCAAGCCGGCAUGAUGGGCAAGCUCAAGGUUCGCAAGUCCGGCAAAGUCGAGUUGGACUGGGGCGGACGAACCCUGGAGCUCAGCCCAGCUGCGGGCAUGAACUUCUUGACCACGGCAGUGAUCGUGGAAGAGUCGGAUGAGAAGACAAAGCAAGGCAUCAUCGGCGGCGACAGCAUCGGCAUGGGCAAGAUCAUGGGCAGGUUUGUCCUCGCUCCCACCUGGGGCGAUGAGGAGGAAUGGGACGUCGACCCGGAAGAUCUUGUUGUUCCUGACGAGUAGGGCACUGGGGGGCUGGAUGGGUUGAUGGUCAGCGCGCGCCAAUCCGGCGGAUGCGUGCAACGAGGCGGUCACCAUCGGCGACACAUGUCACAGCUGUGUGUAGACUGGGGGGCCAGAUGAGGUAAGGGGACAUGGAAAGACAGAGCGAGUGGCUUUGACGCUAAAUUUCCGGGAGACAGCGGAUAGACAAAAGAGAAAGAUACCCUACACGACAUUAGCUCGGACUGCAGCCAAAAAACUUUUUGGGACGAACCUGAGAGACGGCGUCGUCCCGUCGGUCUUCCCCACACUCCGCAUAUGAGACCCUCCGUGAACCCAGCCCCCAAAGCCGCAGCAACAGCGUCUUUUACCUGUGGUUGUGGGUUGUGACUUCAGACCUGUCGGAACAGGUCUUGUCGGUCCAACCUCUCGGGAAGGGGAGAAGGGUGG